AUGAGCACGCAGGAGUACAUCGACACCCACAACCUGACCAAGAAGGUCGAGCAGGUCAUCAAUGAGGUCUGCAAGGCCAAGGCCGACGAGCCCUGCUCGUACCUGGCCCGGGCGCUCCUGAAGAUGUCGCCGCCCGAGAUCGUGGCGAUCAAGGGCCGCCAGGUCAUCGACUCGCGCGGGAACCCCACCGUGGAGGCCGAGGUGACGACGCACAAGGGCACGUUCCGCGCCAUCGUCCCGUCCGGCGCCUCGACGGGCAUCUACGAGGCCGUCGAGCUCCGCGACGGCGACAAGUCGUGCUUCUCGGGCAAGUCCGUGUACAAGGCCGUGGACAACAUCAACAAGGAGAUCGCCCCGGCCCUCAAGGGCAAGGACCCCCGGAACCAGAAGGAGAUUGACGACGCGAUGAUCGCGCUCGACGGCACGGACAACAAGGGCAAGCUCGGCGCGAACGCCAUCCUCGCGGUCUCGAUGGCCGUCUCCAAGGCCGGCGCCGAGGAGAAGGGCGUGCCGCUGUACCGCCACCUCGCGGACCUCGCCGGCAACGGCAAGCUCGUGCUGCCGGUGCCGUCGUUCAACAUCAUCAACGGCGGCUCGCACGCCGGCAACGGCCUGGCCAUGCAGGAGUUCAUGAUCCUCCCCACCGGCGCGUCGUCCUUCUCGGAGGCCAUGCGCAUGGGCUGCGAGGUGUACACCAACCUGAAGAAGCUGAUCAAGGACAAGUACGGCCAGGACGCGUGCAACGUCGGCGACGAGGGCGGCUUCGCGCCCAACAUCGGCAACAACGAGGAGGGUCUCAACCUGGUGAACGAGGCCAUCGCGGCGGCCGGCUACACGGGCAAGGUGAAGAUCGGCAUGGACGUGGCGGCGUCGGAGUUCCAGACGGAGGACAAGAUGUACGACCUGGACUUCAAGAACCAGCCCAACGACGGGUCGCAGAAGAAGACCCCCGACGAGCUGGUCGACAUGUACAAGGGCUUCUGCGAGAAGUUCCCGGUGGUGUCGAUCGAGGACCCCUUCGAGCAGGACGACUGGGAGCCGACGAAGAAGCUCACGGACCUCGGCCUGUGCCAGGUCGUCGGCGACGACCUGCUCGUGACCAACCCCACGCGCGUGCGCAAGGCCAUCGAGUCGGGCGCGUGCAACGCGCUCCUGCUCAAGGUCAACCAGAUCGGCACCGUGUCGGAGUCGAUCGAGGCCGUGCGCAUGUCGAAGGAGGCCGGCUGGGGCGUCAUGGCCUCGCACCGCUCGGGUGAGACGGAGGACACCUUCAUUGCGGACCUGGCCGUCGGCCUGUCGACGGGGCAGAUCAAGACGGGCGCGCCGUGCCGCUCGGAGCGCCUGGCCAAGUACAACCAGCUGCUCCGCAUCGAGGAGGAGCUCGGCAACGACGCCGUGUACGCCGGCGAGUCGUACAAGCACAUCGGGUGGUAA